GAUCCGGGAGAGGCAGGCACUCCGGGUCCGGGAUCGCGGAACGGGGAGCGGGAGGCAGGUGGGAGACGCAGGCCUCCCCAUCCCCAUUCCCAUCCCCAGCCAGCCAGUGCAGGCUGCAAGCUGCGCCGCGGGGGUGUUGCGAACCGUCCGGAGCCAUCCUUGGGACACGGUGAUCAAGGCUGCCAUGCGGAAGUACCCAAACCCGAUGAACCCGUGCGUGGUGGGCGUGGACGUGCUGGAUCGCAGUGUGGACGGCUGUGGGCGCCUGCACAGUCUGCGCCUGCUCAGUACUGAGUGGGGGCUGCCCGGCCUCGUGCGAGCGAUUUUGGGAGCCAACAGGACCUUGACAUACAUUAAAGAGCGCUCCGUCGUGGAUCCUGCUGCACGGACAAUGGAACUGUGUUCUACCAAUAUCACGCUCACAAAUCUGGUGUCUGUGAAUGAGAGGUUGGUGUACACACCUCAUCCAGAGAACCCUGAAAAGACUGUGCUCACCCAGGAAGCCAUCAUCACUGUGAAGGGGAUUAGCCUCGGGAGCUACCUGGAAAGUCUUAUGGCCAGCACGAUAUCCUCCAAUGCAAAGAAGGGCUGGGCUGCCAUCGAGUGGAUAAUUGAACAUUCCGAGAGCGCCAUAAGCUAACAGGUCUGCACCCAUGCCUGGUGACACACGGGGGCAACCACCGUAACUUCCUAACCUGGUACAGUCUGGCUUUUCAUUACGCGUGUGCAUGCAGUACAUGAGAGAACGCUUGUCUGUCCGCGUCCUGCUGUCUGUCCCCACGGACAGGUUCGGCCUCUUUCGUUUCCUGGGUUUGUGCCAAGACUUCUUUCCGGGGUAUCCCUGAGCAGUUGCCAGCUGGAGUCUGAGGAAGGCAGUGUUGCAUUUGCUGCCCUGAGGUCUCAGUACCUGGCUUCCUGAACAUUCCUCAGGAUUGUCACCGCUGAUGAAGAGCCUCCAUGAAUUGGUCCACAGUGUUAUGGGCAGAUUUAAUCUUGAGGGUUUUUUUUUUUUUGUCUUGGGAAAAAUUUAUACUUUCUGAAAAUGUUAUCAUAUUUAUUAUCUGGGGCAUAAUGGGACCUGGGACCUCACACUUGUUGACUUGAGUUAGCGCUCUAUCUCUUAUCUCUGAGCUCCACUCCCCGUCUGGGUCUGUACAUGUUCCUAUGAAGAAUACUUUGUAUAAUUUGUACCUAUUUAGUUGCUUGGUACAAGCCAUUGUUCCGCUACAGGGCUGUGUCCCCGUGGUGGCAAAAGCAUUUCUCUUAUCUUAAUGAGUGGCGCGUGUGUUCCUUGUUUCCUCAGCCCCCAGGAAGGUGACAUUUGAUUGGUUGGCAUUCAUCUUGGCGUCACAGAAAGAGUCCCACUUCCCUUUAGGACAGGACCUCCUUACUUCCUGUCUGCUGCUGACAGCUUCAGACCGCUUCCCGCCCCACCCCCAGCGCAUGCGCAUGUUUGCUCCCACAUUUCCCUCAGCCAACAAUCUGUGGGGUCUGAGGUGUCUUUAAGACAGUUUCACUUUUUCCUAAGUCAGCAAACUUUGACAGAGUACUUUACCUUGAGUCCCAGGCCGAGACCUGCCACAUGACUUAGCCUCAACCCAAGCUGAGCUUGUUGUGGGGGCUGUGUGUGGGUCUGUGUGUGGAGGGAGGGAGGCCUGAGGUGAGUCCUCAGGUUCUGUUUCUUUGUGAACUAGAGCUAAGCUGUCCCCACCUUCAGUCAGAUAUAACACCAAAAAGAGUCAAGGAGAAAAGAAAGAAGGAAGAAUGGCUGGACAAGGAAGAGGAAAGGCAAGUGUGGACGGAAGUGGUUUCGGUCAAGACUGCAAGAGCUGGGACUGCUGGAAUCUUCCCUGUCCGUGGUAUCCCAGUCCAGCAUCGGCCCCGGCACCAGUAGUGCGUGGCUGUGGUUCCUGGGAGUGGUCUGGAGCCCUGCUCUGGCAGCUUCUGCUGUAGGUACCGCGCCGCCACAGCACUGGGCUGGGACAGGACUGGGCUGCACUGCCCCUGCGCUGGUCUUAAGCUUUUGCCUGCUUCCCCUGGCAGGAGCGCCACCUCUGCCUGCUGACUCCAGACACUUCACCAAAGGAGAGCUCCCCUCUCCUCAUGCCCUGCCAGCUAAACCAGGGUAGGUUCCCCCGAACCUUUCCCAGAUAUCUGGCUGCUGUCUGCCCUCUGUUCCUGGUGGCCGCAUGACCUUAUAGUAUUCCACUCGCCUUUGUGAUAAAAAGUUGCUUUCUGACCCUCAGGGUCCCCAUCAUGUACCAAAUCCAAAAUAAUGGUGUGGAGCGCUCUACAGAGGCCACUAUGGGUUCCAGCGGUGACUGGGAUUUUCAAGAUCAGACUGGCUGUGUAACUGAAGAUGACCUUGAACUCCUGAUCUUGCUGCUUCCGUCUCUCCAAGUGCUGGGAUUACAGACUUGGGCUGCUAUACUUGGCUCUUUUUGGUUGUUGUUUGAGACAGAUCUUGGAACCCGGGUUUUCCUGAAACUCCUGCCUCGGCAUCUCAAGUGCUGGAAUCCCAGGAGUGCACCACCAUGCCCCGACUGGGGUCCUUGUCAGGGCCCUGCCAUCUUUUCAGCUUCUACAGGCUAACAGGAGAGGUUGGGGACCUGCUGCUGUGUAAGGAAGAGCCUACUUCCCUCCUCUACCUCCGGUGGUCCUGGGGUCCUGCUGGCUCUGAGUGGUGGCUGUGUGCUCCUGGCCUAGGUUGAAACCCCUUCCCCAAGCUCACUUUUCCUUCCUGGCUUAGAGUUUCUUUGUAGCCGUUUUCUUUUUCUCUGUGUAGCCCUUGCUGUAGACCAGGCUGGUCUCAGAACUCACAGAGAUCCGCCAGGCCUCUCCUUGUAACUCAAUCUGGCUUUCAAUUCACCGUGGAUGUGAGGCUGACUUUGAGCUCCUUCCACCUUUCAAGGACCAGAAUUACAGGUGAGCAUCAUCAUGCCUGGCUUCCUACCAUCAUCAAAUCAAGGUUUAAAACACUAAAGAUGUAUAUAGAGACAUGUGUAUAUAUGUAUAGACAAUUCAUGCUUGCAGUUUAAAAAAGAGGUAUUGAAUCUACUGACUGGUAUAGACCUCUGCUCUCCUUGUUGGUCAAAUCACAAUUUUUACAGAUCUAGAAUUUUUCUAUGCCUAUAAAAGUUUGUCUUCUUUCAUUAAACUUGG